GUCGGCAUUUCUGCAGAGCUACCAAGCGGUCCUCGUGGAACAAGCAACCUUGACUACCCAUCAUUCUUUGACUUCCUCAUGAACGAGUGCGAAGCCUACGAGAAAAUCCCGGGCGAUAGAUUCAACAUAGAUGCGUGCGGAGUCAAUAUCGAUGAAGUGGCUGCCACACAUGGCACAUUCUUGAAAGAUUUAGAUUUAUUCGAUCAUAUUGAAUUCGGAAUCAGCAGUAAGGACGCUAGGACGAUGACGAUUGGAACGCGAAAGCUCAUUGAGCUGUCGUUCCUGGCCUUAUUGGACUCUGGAAUUGAUUAUCGAGGAAAGAACAUUGGCGCUUACAUGGCAAGUGUCGCCCAUGACGUUUGGAUGAUUUCCGGCGAGGUUGGUUAUACCUCCCGUGGUUCAUUGGCAUAUUUCCCUUCAAUGAUUGCCAAUCGUGUGUCAUACCACCUGGACCUACGUGGACCUUCCAUUCCAACCGAUACUGCAUGUAGCUCCAGUCUUUCGGCCUUCCACCUUGCUGUUCAGGCUGUACGCAAUGGAGAGUGCGACGCGGCGCUUGUGGGUGGUUGUCAGUUUAUAGAUUGGCUGGCAUACAGUCAAGGUGGGAUUCUCGCUCCAGAUGGCAAAUGCAAGCCUUUUGAUGCCUCUGCUAAUGGAUUUUCUCGAGGAGAGGGUGCCGUUGUGGUGGUCAUAAAACCGCUUGACAAGGCUCUCCUCGAUCAUGAUCACAUCUAUGCUACUGUGCGCUAUCUCUUGAUGAUACAUAGAUUAUCGUUCUCAUUUUUCACAGAUUCUAGGUACUGGCAUCAAUUCGUCCGGUUCACUCGCUCCUGCAAACUCCCCUGUAGCCUAUGCUCAGAGAGAUGCAAUGCGGAGAGCCUUUAG